GGCCGAGCCGACCGCUGUGUUAACGCAGCGAUCGGCAGACGCAGUCGAGGAGUUCGCUUCUCUAGCAUCUGUCCUCUCCCGAAGCCCGUCGCUCCGGUGUGAGCCGCCGCAGUUUGCAUUCGCAGCUCCUAGCUGGUGCGCCUAGGCUCUGUCCGAGCGGCACCAGGCGUCACCCUGGCGAGCCAACGCCGCGGCGCCGCCGCACAGAACACGGCCAUGGCCGAGGAGGGCCGCGCGAGCCCGCCGACGAACGCCAUCGGCGGCUGGAAUCCGUUGGACAGCUCCGAGCUGCCGUCGUGGGACUCGAUCGCGUCGGCGACGCAGCGCGGUCUCGACGCGGCCGCCGCGCGCGCGGCCGAAGCUAAACAGAAGUCGCUGGAGCUGACCGCGACGGCGCGCGAGAACUUGUCUCCGCACCUCGCGAAGCUCGACGAGGCGACGGCGUCGGCGCGGACGCGGAUCGCCGAGGACGCCUCGAACCUCGGGCGGCAGCUCUCGACAGCCUUCACGCCACCUGCACAAGACGUGGAGAACCCUACCGUGGAGGACGAGAGCGGCGAGCAACCGGCGUCGUGGUGGGCCUCGCAGCCGCCGCAGGAAGGCGAGGAAAACGCGUCUCUGUUAGAUAAAAUGUCGUCCUUCGCGUCGGAGACGGGCAACAAAUUGGCCGGGUCCUUCAAGGACGCGACGGAGGACCGCCAGGAGUGCGGCCUGACGCGGACGCAGCGGUUCCGGUGGUACGUCAUCCUGUUAGGUGUUUCCACGCUGUUCUUCGGGCUGGCCUUGCAGUUCAUCCCUUUGGCCGUCAUCAAACCGACGAAAUUUGCGAGUGCGUUCUGCAUCGGCACGAUCUGCUCCGUGGCAGCAAAAUUUAUGCUCAAUGGACCGAGGACGCAACUGCGGCUCAUGGUCGAGUGGCGCAAGCUGCCCUACUCGCUGGCGCUCGUCGCGUCGACGCUGCUUACUUUAUAUGCGUGCUUCGUGCUCGGCAACUUUUUCCUGGUCGUCGUCGCGUCGGCGUCGCAAGUUUGUGCAUUACUGUACUACCUGUUCGGUGACACGCCGGGCGGCAUCGCCGGCGUGAAGUUUCUGGGGAGGGUCAUCGUGAAGACUUUUAGAUUGAUCCUGUCGCCGUGUAUUGCUGCACUAAAUGGUGAUUGA